AUGAAAAAUAUUGCCGGACUUUUGGAAUUGAAAGUUGCCAGACGAAAACAUUGCCAGAUCUUUGGAAUUGAAGGUUGCCAGACAAAAAACAUUGCCGGACUUUUGGAAUUAAGCCAGACAAAAAAUAUGAUCAGAUUUUUGGAAUUGAGAGUUGUUUCUUUUCUAAGCAGAUCCAAGGCAUUGGAAAGUUUGGCUGGAACCUGGAAUUUUUUAGACGUUUCUGGAUCAUUGAUUUCGUUGAAGUAUUCAAAUUCGACGGCUGGUGCUUUGGAACAUUUGGAUGCAUGUGAAUCGAUAGUGAUAUUGGAAUUCGAUGUGUAUAAGAGACAGAAAGUUGCCGGACGAAAAACAUUGCCGGACUUUGGAAUUAAGCCAGACGAAAAAUAUGAUCGGAUUUUUGGAAUUGAGACUAAUUUGAAUCUCGAUAAAAAAUAG